CUUCCGCUUAUUUGCACAAAACCAUCUCGGGCCUCCCCCCAUGCGGUACUGAUCUAUUAGUUAACUCGUAUCUUACACCGUAAAGACAGACAUAAUGGCCGAGAACGACGUUGACAAUGAGCUUCUCGACUAUGAAGAAGAUGAGGAGCCUCAGGGAGCCCCUGAGAGUGCAGCCCCCGCAGGAAAGAAGGAGGUGAAGGGUUCUUAUGUCUCCAUCCACAGCUCUGGUUUCAGGGAUUUCCUGCUCAAACCGGAGCUGCUCCGUGCCAUCAUUGACUGUGGUUUUGAGCAUCCAUCUGAAGUCCAGCAUGAAUGCAUCCCACAAGCCAUCCUGGGUAUGGAUAUUCUUUGCCAAGCCAAGUCUGGUAUGGGCAAAACAGCAGUGUUUGUGCUGGCCACACUGCAACAGAUUGAACCUGUUGAUGGUCAGGUCUCUGUAUUGGUCAUGUGCCACACACGAGAGUUGGCAUUCCAGAUCAGCAAAGAGUAUGAGCGUUUCUCCAAGUACAUGCCCACAGUAAAGGCUGCUGUUUUCUUUGGUGGUCUGGCCAUCAAGAAGGAUGAAGAGGUCCUGAAAAAGAACUGCCCUCAUAUUGUUGUUGGAACGCCCGGCCGUAUCCUCGCUCUUGUCCGCAACAAGACCCUCAGUCUGAAGAACGUCAAACAUUUUGUCUUGGAUGAGUGUGACAAAAUGUUAGAGCAGCUAGACAUGCGAGGUGACGUACAGGACAUCUUCAGGCUCACACCCCAUGAGAAGCAGGUUAUGAUGUUCAGUGCUACUCUCAGCAAGGAGGUCAGACCAGUCUGCCGCAAAUUCAUGCAGGAUCCCAUGGAAGUAUUUGUGGAUGAUGAGACCAAACUUACACUCCAUGGUCUGCAACAGUACUACUGCAAGCUCAAGGACAGUGAAAAGAACCGCAAACUCUUUGAUCUGCUCGAUGUUUUGGAAUUUAACCAGGUGGUGAUCUUUGUCAAGUCAAUUCAGCGCUGCAUCGCUCUGUCCCAGCUCCUAGUGGAGCAAAAUUUCCCUGCUAUUGCCAUCCACAGGGGAAUGGCUCAGGAGGAGAGGCUGUCUCGCUAUCAGCAAUUCAAGGACUUCCAAAGGCGGAUCUUGGUGGCCACUAACCUCUUUGGCCGAGGGAUGGACAUUGAGCGAGUCAAUAUUGUCUUCAACUAUGACAUGCCAGAAGAUUCUGACACCUAUCUGCACAGGGUUGCCCGUGCUGGCAGAUUUGGGACCAAAGGUCUAGCUGUAACCUUUGUGUCGGACGAGACAGACGCCAAGACUCUGAAUGAUGUGCAGGACCGCUUUGAGGUUAACGUGGCUGAACUGCCAGAUGAGAUCGACAUCUCAUCUUACAUCGAGCAGUCCAGAUGAGUCUUCCAGCCAAGCGGGUGUCUCCUUUUCCAUGGAUCUUGUGUCUUGUACUUGGAAGUAGAUGUACUUCAUUGUUUUGAAAGCUCUGCUCGUUCCCUUUGUUCACCAAACAUUUAUUUUUAUUGUCCGAAAUGGGGACUGAGGGGUGUGCUUGAUUUUAAUUUGUCUUUUACUGUUUGUUUUUGCUCAAUGAAAUUAAAACUUUUUAUAAAAUGCCAUUUCACUUUUGUGGUCUCUUGUAAGGCUUUUGUUUCUGCCACAGUUUUUUUUUUUUUUUAUUUUAGUCACCAGCAGAGCUUCAGGGAAAUGGUCAGAUGUAGUUCUGAGGAACAUGUAAAAGUAACUAUUAGCCUUUUUUGCCCCUAAAUGUUGAAACUAGGUUUUGUAUAGGAGUGUAUGUCUCAUUUCCCCCUCCCACUGCAGAAGAGUUGGCCCUUUUUAAAGUAAUCAUGUAGUCAUGUAGUGACAGUUGUGAUUCUAGCUCAUAUGGCAGCUCUUUUCUUUGAAUUUACAAUUGAAUGCCUCCAAUAAAUGAAGUCAAAGUGAAGCUGUAGUAAUGAUUUUCCAGAAUUUUGAUACGAGUAUGUUAUUGCCACACUGUGCAUUAAUAAAUGCUUAAUGUAUCUGUCUGUAUCUUGUAUUCACAUACAAAGCUAUAGUAACAAAAUGUAAUAAACUGUUUCACCAAAAA